CCCGUCCCCUCUUCCCCCGCCGUUAGUGAGUGCGCGGACGAGAGAGGAGGAGGGCGCUCCAGGCGAAAGCACUGCGGACGCCAUUACCCUCUGUUUUCUCUACCGCACCGAUUCGGACGUGGGGCUCGCGUCUCGCUCGUUCGCUGCUUGGCGGCCUCCAGAUUUGGUGUGUCCAUUUAAUACAAGAAAAUGGAAACUGAACAGCCUGAGGAAACCUUCCCCAACACCGAAACCAAUGGUGAAUUUGGUAAACGCCCUGCCGAAGAUAUGGAAGAGGAACAAGCUUUUAAGAGAUCUAGAAACACUGAUGAGAUGGUUGAAUUACGCAUUCUGCUUCAGAGUAAGAAUGCUGGAGCAGUGAUUGGGAAAGGAGGCAAGAAUAUUAAGGCUCUCCGAACAGACUACAAUGCCAGUGUUUCAGUCCCAGACAGCAGUGGCCCCGAGCGCAUAUUGAGUAUCAGUGCUGAUAUUGAAACAAUCGGAGAAAUUCUGAAGAAAAUCAUCCCUACCUUGGAAGAGGGCCUGCAGUUGCCAUCACCCACUGCAACCAGCCAGCUCCCGCUCGAAUCUGAUGCUGUGGAAUGCUUAAAUUACCAGCACUAUAAAGGAAGCGACUUUGACUGCGAGUUGAGACUGUUGAUUCAUCAGAGUCUGGCAGGAGGAAUUAUUGGGGUGAAGGGUGCCAAAAUCAAAGAACUGCGAGAGAACACUCAGACAACAAUCAAGCUUUUCCAGGAAUGUUGUCCUCAUUCCACUGACAGAGUUGUUCUUAUUGGAGGAAAACCAGAUAGGGUUGUAGAAUGCAUAAAGAUCAUCCUUGAUCUUAUAUCAGAGUCUCCCAUCAAAGGACGUGCACAGCCUUACGAUCCCAAUUUUUAUGAUGAAACCUAUGAUUAUGGUGGCUUCACUAUGAUGUUUGAUGACCGUCGUGGACGUCCUGUGGGAUUUCCCAUGCGGGGAAGAGGUGGUUUUGACAGAAUGCCUCCUGGUCGGGGUGGCCGUCCUAUGCCUCCAUCUCGGAGAGAUUAUGAUGACAUGAGCCCUCGGCGUGGGCCACCACCUCCACCACCUGGACGAGGUGGCAGAGGUGGUAGCAGAGCUCGGAAUCUUCCCCUUCCUCCACCACCACCACCUAGAGGAGGAGAUCUGAUGGCCUAUGACAGAAGAGGAAGACCCGGAGAUCGUUAUGAUGGCAUGGUUGGUUUCAGUGCUGAUGAAACUUGGGACUCUGCGAUUGAUACAUGGAGCCCAUCGGAAUGGCAGAUGGCAUAUGAACCACAGGGUGGCUCCGGAUAUGAUUAUUCCUAUGCAGGGGGUCGUGGCUCGUACGGUGAUCUUGGUGGACCUAUUAUUACUACACAAGUAACUAUUCCCAAAGAUUUGGCUGGUUCUAUUAUUGGCAAAGGUGGUCAGCGAAUCAAGCAGAUUCGUCAUGAAUCAGGAGCUUCAAUCAAAAUUGAUGAACCUUUAGAAGGAUCCGAAGACCGGAUCAUUACCAUUACAGGAACACAGGACCAGAUACAGAAUGCACAGUAUUUGCUGCAGAACAGUGUGAAGCAGUAUGCAGAUGUUGAAGGAUUCUAAUGCAAGAUAUUUUUUCUUUUUUAUAGUGUGAAGCAGUAUUCUGGAAAGUUUUUCUAAGACUAGUGAAGAACUGAAGGAGUCCUGCAUCUUUUUUUUUUUUUAUCUGCUUCUGUUUAAAAAGCCAACAUUCCUCUGCUUCAUAGGUGUUCUGCAUUUGAGGUGUAGUGAAAUCUUUGCUGUUCACCAGAUGUAAUGUUUUAGUUCCUUACAAACGGUGGGGGGGUGGGAGGGUGUGCAAAAACUAACAUUGAAAUUUUGAAACAGCAGCAGAGUGAGUGGAUUUUAAUUUUUGUUCAUUGUUGGUGGUUAAAGAAAAAGCCCCCCUGUAAUUAUUGUGAACACUUUGCUUUGUGGUCACUGUCACGUUUGGGGGGAGGGUGGGACAGGAAGGAGUAACAAUAGUCCACAUGUCCCUGGCAUCUCUUCAGAGCAGUAUGCAGAAUGUGAUGCUCUUUUGUAAGAAACGUUUUAUGAUUUUUAAAAUAAAUUUAGUGAACCUAUUUUUGGUGGUCUUUUUUUUUUAAGUCAUUUUUCAAAUGGCUAAAUUCCAAAACCUGCCCCCAAACUAAACACUUAAGUUUGAUUUUCAGCUCUGUUGGAUAUAAAAAUGCAUCUCCUUGGAUAUAGACAAAAUACCUUGGCAAAUUGAAUUCUGGUGAUUGCUUGAUUUGAAUGUUCUUUGAUUUUGGAGACACUUCACAUGUACUCAGCUAUGGGAUUUCUAUUUAAUUUCUGUCAAGUACUUGCCCCUAUUUGGCAACUGUUUUAUAUGUUAGUGAUAAUGGACAGAACCUAGGUGAGAAGCAAUUCUACAAAGUAUAUAUACCCAGAAGCCAAAAGGCAGCAAAUUUAUUACUCUAUGGAAGUGACUGAUGCUUAAUAAAUUCUGUUGUUUUGGUUUUUUUUUUUUAACUAGAGUCUCACAUAUAGGCUUAAACUGUCAGCUUGCUAUAGUGUCUUUAUUAAACUUUGUAAAAUAUAUUGUUUUUCAUUGUAUGCAGAUUGAAAGAAAAAAGAUGUACCCUUUUUUGUUGUAUGUUGGAUUAUGUAGGAAAUGUUUGUGAAAAAUUGGGGAUGGGAAGAUGGAAAAAGUUCCUGUGGAUGUUUUGUGUGUAGUAUCUUUGCCAUUUGUAUUGAUAGUUAAAGUUCACUUCCAAAUAAAAAUCCCUUAAUGCUAGAUUUGAUGUAUGCCCAAUUUGAACAAGAAUUAUUAACACCUGUAAAAUUUGUUAAACUGUCCUCUUGUUAGAUAAUACAAUUAUCACAAA